CAGCAGUAGCAACAACAACAACAACAACAGCAACGACAACAAUAAGGGCAACAGCCAACCGUCGCUCAGCAAUUACGGCGUGUAGUUGCUAUAAUGAUAGAUUUCAAAACAAAAUUGAGCAAAUUAUCGUAUAAAACGUGCCCCGGUUGGAAAAUCUAAAAAUAACACAACGCCAAUUCCGAGCCGAAGUCGAACUCGAAGUCGAAGUGGAAGUGGAAGUGGAAGUCAAAGUCGAAGCCAAAAACCAAGUGCCGUCUGCCCAACUGACUUUAAAUUAUGCAUGCACAUUGAUUUUCUGAGGCGUCGCCGUCGAUGUCGUUUUCGUCUUUACUUUCCUAUUCAUUGUCGUUAACAACAACAACAACAACAACAUCAUCUACAUCAGUAACAUCAACAGCAACAACAGCAACAGGAACAGACCCUGCCUAUAUAUUGGCAAUCUCGUAAAGUCAUUUCUCGUCCUGCGUUCAGCCCGCAUCGCAUGUUAUCAACGGAACUGACGUCGACGGCGUUGUGGAAUGCGAAUUAUCAGCGCACCAACGGCCUAACAAAAGAUGAGGCUUGCCUGUCGACGACAUAUGAAAAUUGCAGAACAGAAACAGCGACAACAGCAGCAGCAGCAGCAGCAGCAACAGCAGCAGCAACAUCAGCCGCAGCAAUGACCAAACAAUUGACAACAGCAACGGCGACAAAUGCAGCGUCUAGCAUCACACAAACGGCUAAUUUGGCGCCCACGGUGAUAUCUCCCACAACACCAGGCGCGACAACAACAACAACAGACGUAGCAGCGCCAGCUGCAGCAGAGACAAUAAAGACGCAGACGCAGUGCAGAACAAAAGCCUCCUCGGCAGCAUCAACAGCAUCAGCAGCAUCAGCAUCGGCGACUGCAACAAAAACAACUUCAUCAACGGCAUCAAGUGAUGCCAGCGGCCGUUCGGCGGCUCUGGAACGUGCCUACGUCCAUGAUGUGUAUGAGCACUGCGAGGAGCCGGCGAGGCCGGCGCGACCGCGAGUGGCACAGUUUCUGGGGAACCUGGAGCCGGGCUCGGUGGUCUGCGACGUGGGCUGCGGCAGUGGGCGUUACCUGACCCAGUGCAAUCCCGCCAUAUGCACCAUUGGCGUCGAUCGCUGCUAUCGCCUCAGCAAGGUGGCGCACGAGAAGGGAGGCGAGGUGGCGCUGUGUGACAAUCUGGAGCUGCCGUUUCGCGAUGAUAGCUUCGAUGCGGUGCUCUCGCUGGCCGUAGUGCAUCACUUUGCCACCACGGAACGUCGCGUCAGAGCGCUGAGGGAACUGGCCCGCAUUCUGCGCGUAGGCGGCCGUGUGGUAAUCACUGUGUGGGCGCUGGAGCAGCGCCAUCGACGCUUCGAGUCGCAGGAUGUGCUGAUACCCUGGCAGCCGCCCAAGAAUCGCACCUACUCCUACUCGUACUCCGACGAGGAGGAGGACGGAGACUUUCUGCCGCCCUAUCAUGCAUACACGGAGGACUCGACCAAUUCCAGUCGCUCGGCCGGCGAUGGCGACAGCUCAAGCCUCAGCUCAUCCUCGCCCGGCGAGUCCUGCUACAGCUUUGUGCGCCGUGCCAUACAAAAAUUGGCUGGCGGACGUCGUCAUGCUUGGUUCCUGGACUCCUGGACCUCCAAGGACACCAAGAACGACAGCAGCCUGGACUACGAGGAUGCCAAGGAUCUGCCCAUCGAGCUGCGUCGCCUCGAAGACUUUGAGGACUUCCCCGAUCCGCCGCUCUCCGCGGGCCUCAAGUCCCGCAGCUUGGGCAGCAUCCUGCAGCCGCCGCCGCGCCAAAUCGUGCGCUCGCGCUCCAGCGUGCCCAGUCUAGGCGGUCCCCUGGUGCCCGUCGAGACGAAAGCCAGCGCCACUGCCGCCCUACUGCUCAGCGCGCCCGAUGCCCAGAUGCCGCUCAAUGGGCGGCACUCGCCCACGAGCACCGCCAGUGCGGGCAGCACGCUGAGCCGCCGGCCCAAGCUGAUCAAGCAGAAGCAGUCGCUAUGUGAGGACGACAUCACACAGCUGGCAGACGCAGCGCCUGACGCUGAGGCAGCGUUCCACAUGGUCAGCAGCUACAAUGGCGCCAAUGGAGCAGUCAGCAGCAGCCUCUACGCGCGCUCUGACGCCAAUCCAGCGGCAGUCAGCUGUCAGCAGCCCAGCAACUCCGCCUCGGCGACGGCAGCAGCGGCGCCCACAACAGCUGCUGGAGCGGCGCCCAGCUUCCUGCGCAAGCAGAGCUCCCUGAACGAGGAGCUGAUGGCGGGCAAUCGACUGCGCGAGAAGGAGCGGGUGCGCAAGCGCAUACAGAAGCAGACCUCGCUGAACGAGGCCUUCCUCUGCCGCUCGGCGCUGUUCUCGAAGCGGCUGCAGCUCAUCCGGGAGGGAUUCACCACCAAGAUCAAGAGCUCGACGGGCAGCUUGGAGCGCGUGACCAAGACGGGCAUCACGAAGCUCAUUCAGAACAUCAAAAUCUCGCCCGCCAGCCAGACGGCGGCUAACCCGCCCGGCAAUCCCCAGCAGGCGAACAACAACAAUAAGCAGCCCACGACGCCAGCUGCGCAGACCCUGCAGCAGCAGCAGCAGCAGCAUCAGCACCACCACCACCACCAUCAUCAUCACACGAGCAACGCGGGCAGCCUGUUCCCGGCCCACCUGCUGCUGUCGACGGCGACCACUGGUCCAGUCAGCUACUGCAGCGUCGUGGACUGCAGCGCGCCCAACAUCUGCCACUGCAGCGCCUAUCAGCAGGACUGCGUGACCUGCGUGGCCUGCGCCGAGAGCGAGCAGGGCAACGCGCGCCGGCACUCGCGCGAGUCCGGCUCCGACUCGUCCAAGGACAGCAGCCUGCAGUCGGACACGAGCAUUGAGUCCGAGGACAGCUUCGCCUCGGUCAUUUUCAUACCCAAGCCGGAGCAGCAUCAGCAGCAGCUCAACUACCAGCAGCAGCAUCAGAACUCCAACUCAAGCUCCAGCAACUCCAGCUCCAGCAAUGGAGCCCAGGCGGCCUUGGCUGCGGCGUCCAAUCCCAACGCAGCCGCCCAGCCCAGCUGUCUGGCGCGUCUGCCGCCCACACACUCCGUGCCAACAUCGCCGCUUGUGAUGCCCUGCCCGCCGACUCCUGCCCACUCACCAGCCGCCAUUCAGGGCGCGGUCACCUCGCCGCCCCAGUCGACGGCGGCCGUGACGGCAGCGAUGGCCAUCUUGACGCCCGUCGCCAGGCCAAACCAAGCGCGCUUCAAUUUUGACGAGGCGCACAUCAAGCAGCAACAGCAGGAGCAACCGCAGCAGCAGCAGCAACCGCAGCAGCAGCAACCGCAGCAGCAGCAACCGCAGCAGCCGCAACAGCCAGCGAUACCCAAGAUCACGAGACAAGCGAUACGUGAAAUGCCGCCCAUACCCAAGUUCCGCAAGCAGCAGUCGCUGCAGCUGCAGCGCCAGAACUUUCCCAUCGUGCGACGGGCGUCCGGCUCGGGCGCGGCCAGCAGCAGCAGCAGCGCCAGCAAGCUGCUCUCGCUGGAGCUGUUCAAUCCGGCCACCGAUGAUCUGGACAGCGACUCCAGUGAGCCCUCCUCGCCGGACUCCAUUGACAGUGUGAUCAGCGCGCCGCGCUCCGCCCAGCUGCUCUCGGCCCCGAGCACUGGCACAGGCAAGUCCAGCGACGAGUCGGAGCCGGCGCUGGUGCAGCUCAUCACGAUCAACCAGGAGCAGUACCACAAGGGCGAGCUGCAGAUCAACAGUGCCACGCCCAACGAAAACGACAUCAUACUCAAUGCGGACAGCGCUCCGCUGCUGCCCAAGAAGCGCGAGGCUGGCCAGGCACAGGCCCAGCAGCCGCACGACUGCGCCGAGUUCGCGGAGCAGCUGUCGGCGCAGCUGCAGCGCGAGCUGGACGACAAGAGCAAUGGAGCAGAGUGUCGCAGCUUGGAUAGCAUCGGCGACAUUGGGGAGUACUUGAGCGGCGCCGGCAGUGCGGGUGGCGGCAGUUCGAGCAGCGGCUCCAAGAAGCGCUCCAAUGGCGAUCUGAGCGCACUGCGGGACGAGCUGCGCGAGCGACGUCUGAUGCUGGCCAAUCUGUCGACCCAGCCCAGCCUGCAGCAGUCGCCCAUAUCGUCGUCCACCUCCUCGCUUUCGUCCCAAACGCGCAGCUUCACCAUACACGAGGAGCAGGAGGGCGAGGAGGAGGAUGAGGAGAACGAACGCAGCUACACGCUGGGCAUCUACGAGCACUGCAAGAUCUCCAAGUUCAACUACAAGCGCCAUCGCCACUAUAAUCUCAACCCGGAGACGGCCUACCUGCUCCAGGAGGAUGGCGACAGCGACGUCCGCGACGACGAAUAUCCCAUACCCGAGGAGGAUGAGGAUGCCGAGGCGCUGGAGGCACGCGGCGGCGACCAGCUGGGCGAGGGCAUGCACGAGUACGGGCAGCGCAGGCGCAACUUCAGUGCCAUCAAAUCGGUGACCUCCAGUGCGUCCAGCUCCACGGAAACACCACCUGCGCAGCAGCCCACACAGCAGCAGGCGCUGCAGCAGCGCACCUCUGCCGACUCGCUGGAGCACUCGAAUAGCUCAAACACCUCGCUGGACAGCCCCUCCCAGGGCGGCUCCACCACCCAUCAUCGCUACUACCACGUGUUCCGCGAGGGCGAGCUGGACGCGCUGAUCAAUCACCAUGUGGCCAGUCUUCAUAUUGUGAGCUCCUACUACGAGCGGGCCAGCUGGUGCGUUGUGGCCGAGAAGGUGCAGGUGUGGACGAUCUAAGUUAGUAAUCUAAGAGUAAAAUA